AUGUCGAACCACCAAAAUUUAUGUCAUUUCUCUUUCUUCUUGUUCUUGUUCUUCAUCUUCUUCAAUUCCACCUUCUCCGACGACCUUCAGCCUAUUCUUGCACUCAAGUCCGCCCUUCAGAAUCCUUCCGCUACCGUAUUCAAUACAUGGAACCCAACAACCAACAAGCUCUGUAACUUCUCCGGAAUCACUUGCAACCCAGAUGGCUCUGUCCAAGUUAUCGAGUUAUCCAACCAAUAUUUGUCAGGACAGUUUCCGUUUGAUCCCAUUUGUAAGCUUAAAUCCUUGGAGAAGCUCUCUCUCGGCCAUAAUUCCAUCUUCGGACCCGUCACAGACCACUUGAAGAACUGCGUCCAUCUCAAGUACCUCGAUCUUGGUAAUAAUCUCUUCAAUGGAACUGUCCCCGAUCUCUCUCCCCUCACCCACUUAAAAUCUUUGUACCUAAAUAAUAGCAGAUUCUCUGGUCGGUUUCCCUGGAAUUCAUUGAAAAAUAUGCCGGGUUUGAAUGUUUUAAGCAUUGGCGAUAGCCAAUUCGAUAGAUCACGAAUCCCAGAUGUUGUUACAUCCUUGAAGAAGCUGAGAUGGCUCUAUUUAUCAAACUGUAGUAUCGAAGGUUCGAUUCCUAAUGGGAUUGGGAAUCUGACGGAGCUGCGGGAUCUUGAGCUAGCGGAUAACAAUUUGGACGGUGUGAUUCCCAUUGAGAUAACCAAAUUAAAGAAUCUAGGAAGGUUGGAGCUUUACGACAAUUAUUUGACGGGAAAAUUACCCAUUGGGUUAGGAAAUCUUUCCAAACUUCAAUUCUUCGACGCGUCAAAUAAUCAGCUCGAAGGUGAUUUGUCGGAAGUGAGGGGGUUAACUAAUCUGGUUACUUUACAACUAUUUACAAAUCAGUUUACCGGCGUGAUCCCACCGGAGUUGGGUAAUUUCAGACGGCUGGUGAAUCUCUCUCUUUAUCAGAACCAGCUGACCGGUGAACUCCCACAGAAACUGGGUUAUUGGUCUGAAUUUAACUUCAUUGACGCAUCAGAAAAUUACCUGACGGGUCCAAUUCCACCUGAUAUGUGCAGGAAAGGUAAGAUGAAAUACAUUUUGAUUCUACAAAACAACUUCACCGGUAAUAUACCGGAUAAAUACACUGAUUGCAUAUCUCUUACCCGGCUACGUGUCAACAACAACUCUCUUUCGGGCGUGGUUCCUAGCGGUAUUUGGGGAUUACCGAACGUGGGUCUGAUCGAUAUUUCUUUGAACAAAUUCCAGGGUCCAAUUUCUGACGAAAUAAAAAAAGCAGCUUCUCUAAUAGUAUUACGUGCAAACGAUAAUAAAUUGUCCGGUCAGAUUCCGAAAUUCAUCCAAAACGUCUCUAAGUUGGUGGAAAUCAAUCUCAGUAACAACCUAUUAUCUGGCAGAAUUCCGGAAACAAUCGGACAGAUGCUUAAGCUAAGUAGUCUCCAGUUACAGAACAACAAAAUCUCUGGUCCAAUCCCACAAAACAUUAGUUCUUGUGUUUCUCUAUCUGACAUAAACAUGGCUAACAAUUCAAUCUCCGGUGAGAUACCAUAUUCUCUUGGCUCCCUUCCAGCUCUCUAUUCGCUUAAUUUGUCCGAAAACCACCUUGUCGGACCGAUACCAUCUACCCUUUCUUCUCUCAAACUCAGCAUACUCGAUCUCUCUCAUAAUCAGCUCACUGGACAAAUUCCAGAUUCUCUUUCUUCUUAUGUUUACAAUGGGAGUUUCGCCGGAAACGAUGGCCUUAGUAGAGAGAAAGUUGGCAAACUUAAAAGGCAAAACCUCAUACUUCUCAUACUCCUACUAGUAUUUGUUGUCGGACUUUUGUUUCUUUUGGUCGCAUGUUAUUCGUACAUAAAAGUGAAUGGUAUCCGAAAAGAUAAUAACCAAUCUACAAGAAUGAUGAAUGUCCAAGUUGAGGGUUUAGGGCGAACGACGACACAAAGAAUCUAA